ACAAUGCCAGGAGAAAAGGGGGGCUAUAAAAUGCACAUCUAAGACUUAGAGAUCCGUCUCCCACCAGAAACAGCAAGCAGGGCUUCCCAACCUAUGCGGGGAGGGCUGUUUCUCCACAGUGGUGAUUUGCAAGGACAAAACCUGAGAAGGGAGAGAGAGAGAGAGAGAGAGAGGGGGGGGGGGGGGGGAACUGCUCUCCCAGACACUGCAACAGCAGCAGACCCGAGUUCAAGUCAUCUCAGUCUUGUGCUUGCCUCAGGCAUAAUUCAGAGUCCCCACUUUUUCACCUAUAAACAGAAAAUAGUAACACCUGACUUCCAGAUGUUCAUUCAGCAAGAAGACCUGCAGGAGGACAUGACACGUGAGCAAGCAGAGAAGCAAUAUCCAGGCUCAGGGGCCAGCGCUGUGUCUGUGUUUUAAGCUGCACGAUUCAGCUACUCUCCGUGUUUCUCCAAGGGGGUGACUUCAACACCAAGGAUGCUUUCCAUGGACACUGGUGUUCUUUCUUCCCCAUUCCCGAGGAAGCUCACACGGACAGAGCCGCAUAAUCAGAAAGGCUUACCCAGAGGACUUCUACACAAGGAUGAUGAGGGAAUGUUAUCAGACAUGGGCCCAGCUGGAACGUGAAGCCGGAACCCAAUUGCACAGGCAAACUGAGCUCUUGGUUCUGGGAACAAAGGAAAACCCAGGAUUAAAGACAAUCCAGGCCACUCUGUCCAGGCAGGAGAUUGACCACGAGUGUCUUUCGUCAGUGGAUUUAAAGCAACGCUUUCCAAACAUUCGGUUCACCAAGGGAGAAGUGGGGCUCUUGGACAAGACUGGAGGUGUCCUCUAUGCAGACAAGGCCCUCAGAGCCCUCCAGCAUAUAAUUUGCCAGCUAGGAGGCACGGUGUGUGAUGGAGAGAAGGUAGUGGAGAUAAGACCUGGUCUACCGGUCACAGUGAAAACCACCUUGAAGAGCUACCAAGCCAACAGCUUGGUCAUCACUGCUGGUCCCUGGACCAACCAGAUUCUUCGUCCCCUAGGGAUCGAGUUGCCUCUCCAGACCCUUAGGAUCAAUGUGUGUUACUGGAGAGAGAAGAUCCCUGGGAGCUAUAGUGUAUCUCAAGCUUUCCCAUGCAUCCUGGGUCUGGAUCUGGCCCCCCACCAUAUCUAUGGACUGCCAGCAUCAGAGUACCCGGGACUGAUGAAGAUCUGCUAUCACCAUGGUGACAAUGUGGACCCAGAGGAGCGGGACUGCCCCAAAACCUUCUCAGACAUCCAAGACGUUCAGAUUCUAUGCCAGUUUGUCAGAGAUCAUCUGCCAGGCCUGCGGCCGGAGCCAGACAUCAUGGAGCGCUGCAUGUACACGAAUACUCCCGAUGAGCACUUUAUUCUUGAUUGCCACCCAAAGUAUGACAACAUUGUCAUCGGCGCUGGAUUCUCUGGACACGGAUUCAAGUUGGCCCCUGUGGUGGGAAAGAUCCUCUAUGAGCUAAGCAUGAAAUUACCGCCAUCCUAUGACUUGGCUCCAUUUCGAAUGAGCCGCUUCUCUACACUGAGAAAAGCUCACCUUUGACCCCAGCUGACUCUCACCUGGGCAGGAAAGCCCUCCUGGGGAAGACUUCGAGAAGGAUGUGGCCUGGAUGAGUUUCUUUUCCUCCUGUUUCAAUGUAAUCUCCGGUAAACACCAAAUGAGUGAACCUCUUCCCCCAGUCAGCCUCCCACGUCUAUCUCAUUUCCCCUUCCCAGAAAGUCAGCGAGAUUCCCCAGCACAGACAGCAAGAUGCUCUUUAAGAUGGAUGUCUCAAUGGGGAGGGGCUCAAGACAGGCUCGAGAUUAAGGGACUCCUUUAAAUUUCUCUUUGCUGGGACAUUGGAUGAACUUGAGAUUGCUUUGACUAAAUCUGCUCAGGGGAAUGUAAAACAGAUUAUCUUUUAUCAACCAGUAAGUAGUGCCUUGGGUUUUUUUGUUUUGUUUUGUUUUGUUUUUUUUGCCAAAAACUUAAGCCAACCUCCAUUACCAACUCCUGUAAAGUCUCACCUCUAAUAAAUACACAUUUGCCAGGGGGAAAAAUGCUGAAAAAAAUAAACAAAAAUCUGGAGUG